AUGUCGCGUCGUGGUUUUUGUACUAAUUUGUAUAGCGAUAAUGGUACAAACGUCACUGGAGCAGACGCUAAGUUGAAGAAGUAUUUUAAACAAGUCAGUGAUCAACAAUCGGUGGACGAGUACUUGGCAGAAAAAGGUGUCAUGUGGUAUUUCAUCCAUCCGUCGGCUACCCAUUUCAGUGGUUUUUGGGAAGUAGAAGUCAAGUCACAUCUAUACAAUGUCAUCAAAGGCGCUCUAUUAAAAUUCGAAGAAUUAUCCAUAAUGAUGCGUAGAAUUGAAGUCAUCCUAAUCUCUAAGCCGUUAAUCGCUGUAUCGAAUGAUCCUACAGACUAUGAAGCACUUAUACCAGGUCAUUUUUUAAUUGGUAGUUAA